AAAAAAAAAAAAAAAGAGGAAAAAAUUGAUUUGUAGAUCAGCCGGCAAAGGGGAGAUUUUGUAACGGCGCUUGCAAAACGAAAGCCCUCCAAAAAGUCAAACUUCAAUUUGUGAUUUGGUCGUUAAUCGUUAGGUUUUUAUUUCGCUGGCAAUACUGAUGUAUAAUACAUGCGUUACAAUGUAUAAUCAACUUCAGAAUCCAUUCUUUCAGCGGGAAAAUAAAAAAAAUAAUAAUAGAAAAAAAAAAUCAAAAUCUGUUCGACGAGGAAUUCCGGAGGCUACGAUCCGCGCAAAAAUAGCGCCACUCUGCCUCUUCCAACUUCAAAAGAAUUACACGUAGAUAUACACGAGGAACUAAGCCAUUCAGUUUCUUGCACAUUUUUCUUCUUCCCAAACAGCGAGCUUUCUCACACACACUCUCUCUCUCUCUCUCUCAUAGCAAACCAGCUGAGAAUCUCAUUCUCACUCUGUACCUCCAGCGAGUAUUUAUCUAGUCGCUUGGAAUAAAUGUAGGUUUCGAUCUAAAUCAUUGAUAAUCAUGCAUUCUUUGCUUCUGCCUAAUUCAAAGAAACCUAAUUCGAGCUUGAAUUUUUGGCCGUCUCUCUUGUGAAAGCGAUUGGUUUCGACGAAUUCUUAUGCAUCUUACAUAUCAGUUGCUAAUUAGAGGUUUGCUUGGUCGUUAUGAUCUAGUUAAUGUUUGAAUUAUUUCCGUCCUGCGCAUUAUAAGGAUUAGAGUUCAUUUUAAAUUUAUUUGUCGCGGAAUCUCGUUCCAACUUCCAGUUUUUGGUUAUUUUAUCGGUUCGAUUGCUCAAUUGCUCGCUUAAGCCUUUCAAAUUUCAUGCAUCCGAAUGCUUUACUGUCUCUGAUGCUUAAUGUUUUUAAACAUUUAGGUGCGCUACUAUGCGUAAUUAUUUUGAUCGGUGACUGAUUGAAUAUUAGCUUAGCAUUGCAUUGAUACGUAAAUAAUGCGGUGAGAUUUUAUUUUUGUUGGCUUCCGUUUUAAGGCUGUGGAGUUUAUCAAAAUGAACUUGUUUACACUUUUUCUUUGAUGAAUGUCGUCUGGAUUCUAGUAGGUUUUCAUACUGUUAAAUUAUACGUACUACAUUUUUCCAAUUAUGCCUGGUUUAUUUUGUUUUUGUUUUUCCAUAGACGUUAUUUUUGUGGCUAGUUGAUACUAGGAAUUGCCGAUGCCUUGUUUCUUUUAUCUUUCUGCUUAUAUCAUAUGAUAACCAUAAAUAGUGACUGGUUUUUUUAUGCGCAUUCAAUAGGAUUAGGGAAACAGUUUGUAAACUUUUAUUUAUUCAAUCUGUCUCAUGCUAUUAUGCUUAUUGGAUCAUAUGGAAAAAUUGUUAUAUUGAGAAGCACUAAAAGUGCGGCUCGUUUUAAAUUUGAGUUCCAUGCCAGACAGUUGUAUGUGUGCAGAGAUCUGUCGUAAUUCCACCUGUCUAUUCAGAUGGGAGAAGCAGAGAAGGGAACUUCAUCUGUUAAUCCGAAAAAGAAAAAUACAUUACUAGAUGACGACAUUGGGAAGGAAUUUCUCAGCUCCUGGAAAUCAAUGUCAGUAACUGAGGAUGAUGCCAUGGAUUUUAGCUUUAAUACAAUAUCUAAAGGCAAGAAAAAGACAUUCAACUUUGAAAAUCUGGAUGCGAAUUUUAAUCUGGAUGGUGAGUUUGGUAAGUUGUCAUCUUUCAAGGUGGACAUGUCAGACUUUGACCUGUCAUGCUCUCCCCAAAAAGUUGCAAAACCCAAAGAAAGAUCUGAAGGAAAGUCUGCAAGUGGAAAUCGUCAAGGGAAGCAAGACCCCUUUGGUUUCUCAUUUGAUUUUAAUGAGUUGGAUAGUUUCAAUUUCGAACCAUGCUUAAUGAAAGAAGAAAAGAAUCUGAACAAGAAUCAAUCCAGCAAAAAGGAAGUUUCUUCAGAUGGGAUUCGGGGUAAAGGUUCUCGAAGUAACCUGAUUGAAGGUGUUGGUGGAGUUGAUGAUACCAUAACCAUGGAACUUGCAGCAUCGAAGAGUGUGCCUGCAUCAAAAGUUGAAAGUUUGGGUUCAGGGCAUGCUAGUUCUAUGAAGGAUGAUUGUGCAGCAAAGAUUGAAACCUCUGGGAACCUCAUUAAUACCAGAUCUUCUCCAGAAAAUAAAGCAAUAAAUAAUAGUGAGGAAGAAAGAGGUCAACAAAGUCAUUUUUAUGAGAGUGCAUUGUCAACAGAACUGUGUGCUCAUCCAGCCAUGCUUCAUUUUCCUGGCCAGACUCCAGUUCAGAUCAACUCAAACAGAAAUGCUGUGCCAGAAGGAGAGACAGAAAUUUUUCCAGGGGGCACCAAAUUGCAUAUUACUACAAGUCAAAAAGAAGAUACAAAUGUAAACAUGAUGGUCGGUGUGGGAUCUCAUCAAGAAAAUAUGACCAUGAGGAAUUCAUCUGUACCACACGUCACUACUUCAGGAAGCAAUAAUGUUGGCAGGAAUCAGUCAGGCAGUGAAAUCUCAAUAGGAGCUGUGGAUGACGCUAAGUCAACUGAAGAUGAUUUAGAUAUUGAAGAUAAUUCCACCAGCUGUGACUCAAGGAAGGCAACACAUGACAAUGAAGACCAUGAAGAAAACCAGAAUUUAACUUCCAAACCUCCUUCAGCCCAACUAGGAAGAGGGAUGGUUCUAGAUAUUCAGAUGAAAAAUAAUCAAGAAUUUCAGAUAAUAAGUGACCCUGUAUUUGAUAAACUGAUGCUGCUAAACGAAAAUGAACCUCGAGGUUUCUGCUCAAAUGCUUUAAAGAAGUCAAAUGGAAGUAAACCUUUAUUGCAUCAGUCAUCAUCUUUUGAGAUAAAGUCUCUCUCAUCUGGAAUCAGAAGUACUUGUCCCAUGAAGAUAAGUGCUGCUGCAGAAAAUGGGGACCACAAAAAUGCAAAUGAUGCACAAAUUGGAAGUAGAUUGUGUGGUAAUCCUGUGUCAAUUGAAACCGAGUCAACAAAACGCAAAGAUAUUUUGCGGGGAAGUGAAAAGAAUGUCCAAGAUCAUAGUAACAUCAAGGAGGGCUUCAAUUCUGAUGGUUUGCCAAGUGGUUGCAAACUGGUUGGAAACUCUCAGUCUCAGCUACAUUAUAUGGAAGUGACAAAAAGGGAACCUAUUAUGCUAGGACAUGAACUGAAAGUUAAAGAACAAAAUCCUUUAGGUUUCCAAGUCAGUUCAUCAGAGAAGACUAAUUCUAGCAAUCAGAGAAGCGUGAAUCCAAAACUUCUGUUCUCAAGGACAGAGUCUACACAGAAGUCAAAUAUCAUUUCUGUCGAAGGGAGUAAACCCAGUCCUGUCGAAGCUGGCAUAGUGGAAUCUGAUUUCUCUACCUGGAAACUUUCCAAGACUUUAGAAGGAGCCAGCAAAGUUUCAUCAAACUCUAAAGCUCUGAAGGAAACUAAUUCCCAGUUAAGCUCAGAGAAGAACAAGAAUAUACAAAGUCAUACAGCAAUGGAUACUAAUCAUCCAGUUAACAUCACUGAGAAUCUGUUGCAACUGAACCUGUCAUUGAAGCGGAAAGCAAAUGAGUUACCGGAUGCUGAUUUAGUAUCUUUAAAGCCUCUAAAACGCCUCACCAAGUUGCAUUGUGAAAGCAGUGAUUCAAAACCACUGCCAGGAGUGGUUGAAGAAAAGGUUUGCAUUCACGAGAACAAGGUAGAGCAUCCAACCUCUGAGCUCGGAAGUCCUCAAAAGGUGAAUGUGAUGGAACUUGAAAUUUCUUCAUUACUGGAAAAUGAUGGAAAUGUCAAAAAAGCUGAAGCCUAUACAAAGGAGCUUGAAGAUAUUUGCAACAUGCUAAAAAGGAAGCAUGAGGAAGCGAAAGAAAUAUUACUACGAGCUGUUGUGAACAACAAUAAGCUUCUGAUGCUCAACCAUCCAAUCUAUGAAGUGAAGAUCCGCAAGGUUCAGAAAUUUGCGGCAGAACUGAUGUCCAAGGAGCUUAAAGCGUGAUUGUCAGGAUAAAUGGUUGAUCAUAUAGAAGGCAGGGGUAUAUGGAUUCACUGUCAUCAACUUGGCCAUGUUUUCUUUCACAUACUUGAUUGUGGAUUGAAAAAUUUAAAAUGGUUGCUAAGCAUAAACAUUCAUAGGAACAUGCAAGUUACUGUACAAUUUGUUAUCUUCUGGAUGAUCUAACUAAUUGCUUACAGAUAGAGGCAUUUAGUGGUGGACAGUGAGUGUAAUGCAUGAUAACUACUUCCUUUUCAAUUCAUGUAGUGUCUUCUUGGA